AUGUGCAUGAGUAGAACCAAAGUAAAUUUAAUGACCUCAGAUAAUCAAUCUUCGACUAUCACACCUUAUGCCUUCUUUGUUGUAUGCGGUUUAGCGGCACACUUUGCCUUUGAUGUACUCAGAAAAGUUAUUUAUUUAAAGCCCAUAUUAGUAACAACAUCGCAUGUUUACUUGCUGCACAUGAGAAGUCAAUUACAAAAUAACGCACGAUAUGAUUUUUUAUAUCUAAAAAGACAGAAAUGCUGCCUAAUAAGCAUAAAAAUAUCUCACACAAAGAUGUACUCAUCACAUCAAGCAAACGAUGAUGAUGAAAUUUGUAAACAAUGUUGCGCUAUGUUUGAUGUUGUUGAUUAUGAAACCAUAGAAAAAGCAUUUUCUGUUAGCACCCACAGACAUUAUGACAAUGGAGUAAGAGACUGUAAGACGAUGUGUGAGUUUUCUAAUGAUGAUCCAUCUUCCAUAGCAAAAGCACAUUAA